GUUCCGAGACUCCAAAAUCGGAGUUGGCCCCGUUUCAGUAUGCAAAAUUCUAUCCACUAUUGAAAACAUUGUCUCUCCAGUUCCGACGUAGAAACUGUUUGGUUUUUUUCGGCUUUUGUUUGGGAAAAACUGCCCGGCGUGUUCCUUAAUGAGUGACAAAAAGGCCUCCUCGCGCGCGACUCCGCCCGGUAUGCAGUUCAGCACGCCCGUCGGGACGCCCCAGACCCGCCGCAAGAUGCUGCUCUUCAAGAGGCUGCUGCGCAGGGAGCUGCAGCGCGAGGCCCAGACGCCCCAGCAGAUCCGUACGGCCCGGCAGCGGAGGGACCAGCAGGUGGCCCACGGCGUCUUCCCAGCGUCCUGAUCGCUGGCGGGGAGCUGGCUGCAAAUCCAAAUUAAAUUAUCGGCAGUUCAAAAUUAAAAAUAGAAAAAUAGUAAACCCCUUUGGAGCACGA